AUGUCCAAGUUACAAACUAAGGAUUCAACCCCAGAUGACCUCCGAGUUCCUGCGCAAGGUUCCAGCGAAGAAUUGGGUGAUGUAGUGGAUUGGUGGCAACAAGGUGGACGGAUUUGGCUCCAGGACGUCUGUGCACAUCAUUACGUCCGCUCUACUUACAGCAACUAUUCCCAGCCCAAAAGCCAAGGAAGAAGCAAACAAACAUUGACCACUACGAAAUCUUCCGAAACAGUAGCUCGAGCAUUUGGAUACACUGCCGCUUCACGCGCAUUCCUAGCGCAGACGCUCGAAUUAUUAUCUAUACCUAUGAAGGUCUUGUUGGAAGUAGAGAAGGACUUGGGAAGAGACUUGUUUGAAGAACUGAAGGAAGCAGAGAUGAAAGAGAAAAGCGAAGCGGCGCGUAAGGAGCAGGAAAAUGGAUGGGGUGGGAAAUGGGGAAGAUGGGCCGCAACAGGAGGAGGUGUUAUUCUAGGAGGCGUCGCCAUCGGCCUUACUGGAGGACUUGCAGCCCCUGCACUCCUUCCUCUCCUCCCUUUCUUGAGUGCAUCUACUGCACCUAUUGUACUUGGAUCCCUAUUUGGGGUUGCUGGAGGGGGCCUUGCGGGUAAUCGCGUUCGAAAACGAUGGGGUGGUGUGGAGCGCUUUGAAUUUGAACAGAUUGCCGGCGGACACCACGAAUCGGUAGCGCAUGAGAGUGUAUCGUAUACAGUCUAUCAACACAAGGGGCACAACCCGAAAGAAAGGGAGGCAACAACGGAGGACAAGGCUGAUGAACGAGGGGCAAAAUCGGCUUUGCCAAGUUUGGUUGCGACUAUAUGCGUCCCUGGGUUGCUGUCGGCUCCGAGGAUGAAGGACUAUACGCAUACAAAGACGCUCUCGCGACUACAUUGGCUAACCUACUCGGGAUGUGUUUGUGCUCAAGCAUUCGCCCGAUGCUGGCAAGGAGGUUCUCGCUCGAACAGCUUUAACGCUGUCAUGACAGCUGUCUCGCUCCCCUUGGCAAUAUAUAGUACAACAGGCCUUGCACUCGAUAACGAUUGGAUCCGGGCAUGCGACAAAGCCAAGAAGGCCGGUAAUCUAUUAUCUGAAGUUUUAAAGGAGAAAGUACAGGGCGAGCGGCCUAUCACGAUGAUUGGGUCCUCUCUAGGAGCCCUAGCGCUAUUCAAAGCCCUGACUGUGUUGGCCGACUCGGAAGAAUUGAAAGAGCCGCUCAUCGAUAGUGUGUUUUUUCAUUUCGUUGCCACAAGUCGUUUCGCCCCGUGA